CAUCGCUAGGCAUGCAUGAUGCCGAAAGCAAGUCGCAAAAUAUAACCUCGUUUUACUGGAGCGAGUUUUGUCAAGGCUCAAGACUAAAUUCAAGUUAACCUCUCGUACACACCGACACGUGUUGAUUUAUAAACAUUAUUAAUUAAUAAUAUAAUUCAUUGGCAAUUACUUGCAUCAAAUUGUGUGUGCGUAGGACAUUUAGUGUUGUGUGAGAACUUUAGUCUAAAGCAUAAACAUGACUGACGUCCUGCUGAGCAACACCGAAGUGUUUUCAGAGAAGAAGAAGAAGAAAAAUAAAGAUACAGUGACGCUGGGUGCCUUUCAAAAGCUAGGAGACUUCAAAAUCGAGCCUUCAGAGAGUGUUUCGAAGUUAGAUACAGCGUAUUGGCCAUUGUUAUUGAAAAACUUCGACAGACUCAACGUGCGUACCAACCACUACACGCCUUUACCGUUUGGUAGUUCGCCCUUAAAACGCUCCAUUACCGAAUACGUCAAGUCCGGAUUUAUAAACGUAGACAAACCCAGCAAUCCAAGUUCCCACGAAGUCGUAUCAUGGAUAAAAAGGAUUCUCAAAGUCGAGAAGACCGGCCACUCAGGUACUCUGGAUCCUAAGGUUACUGGCUGCUUGAUCGUGUGCAUAGACCGCGCCACGCGUUUGGUAAAAUCCCAACAGAAUGCUGGCAAGGAAUACGUUGCUAUAUUUAACUUGCAUUCCGCCGUUGAAAAUAUACAGAAAGUCACACAAGGUUUGGAGAAGCUGCGUGGGGCUUUAUUCCAGCGCCCGCCGUUAAUAUCUGCUGUGAAACGUCAACUGCGAGUCCGGACAGUGUACGAUAGUAAACUGCUAGAUUAUGACAAGGAACGCAACAUUGGUAUUUUCUGGGUUAGCUGCGAGGCUGGUUCCUAUAUACGUACCAUGUGCGUCCACUUGGGAUUAAUGCUCGGUGUUGGUGGGCAGAUGAUCGAGCUGCGGAGAGUUAGGUCAGGUAUACAGGGUGAGCAGGAAGGUAUGGUGACAAUGCACGAUAUUCUAGACGCCCAAUGGGCGUAUGAAAACCAUAAAGAUGAAACGUAUCUACGCAGAGUUAUCAAACCGUUGGAAGGAUUAUUAAUAGCUCAUAAAAGGAUUUUUAUUAAGGACAGUGCUAUAAAUGCAGUUUGCUAUGGUGCAAAAGUACUUCUACCUGGUAUAUUGAGGUAUGAAGAUGGUAUAGAAAUCGACCAAGAAAUUGUUAUCGUUACAGCAAAAGGAGAAGCUGUUGCGUUAGCCGUUGCUUUAAUGACUACUUCAACAAUGGCGUGUUGUGAUCACGGUGUGGCUGCAAAACUUAAACGGGUUAUAAUGGAGAGGGAUACUUACCCACGCAAAUGGGGCUUAGGACCUAAGGCUUCUCAGAAGAAAAUGUUAAUCCAACAAGGGAAACUGGACAAGUUUGGUAAGCCAAACGAAAGUACCCCGUCAGAAUGGUUGAACAGCUAUGUCGACUAUAAAGUUAAGAAAGAGGCAGAAAAUGGUGAUGAGAAGGUAGAGGAAGGUGGCAGGAAGAGGACUGCGAGCACAGCUAAUGCUGAAGAUCCAAACAACUCAGUUGAAGUAAAAGCAGAGAAGAAAAAGAAAAAGAAGAAGCGUGACACCGAAGCUGAAGUAGAUACACCUGCAGAGGCUGAGCCAGUUGCUGAAGAUGCAGAUACAACAGCUGCAGACGACUCUGUACGCAAAGAGAAGAAAAAGAAGAAGAAGAAGGACAAACAUCAGGAUAAAGAGGAAGAAUGAUCCAGAAUAAACCUAAAUCAGAUUGUAAAUAAAGUGGAGUGAAUUGGGUUGCCAUUGCAGCACUCUAGGACCCAAACCGGUUGGUUGGUGAUGACUCUGCCCGUACAUAAGCUUUGUAAACUUAAAGAGGUAAAUUUAGUUCUUUUUUUUUUUUGUUUUUUUAAAUAUUGUUUGAACAGUUUAAGAGCUUAAAUGAAUUAACCUCUUGAAGCUGGGGGUUGGAGUAUGUAGGGAAAGAUGUUUGUAAAAUGCAUUUCAAGAAGUAACAAUAUCUCAAGUUCAGAUUUAUAUCAUUAGCCCAUAGGGUACAAUGGUACGUAAUAAUUUUAUAAUUUUUAUUGGU